AUGGAUCUAAGUAACUCCCAGGAGGCAGAAGUGAAAGGACCGCCAAAAACGGGGAUAGAAAUGUCUGAUACGGACGCAGUAACAAUUGAUCGCCAUAGACUAUAUGACAGUGAUGAUGAUGUAAGCAAUAAUAGUUCUGAUGAUGAGAGUGAUGAGAGUAAAUACAAUUAUGCUAGUUCUACCAGUGACGAUUGUACCAAUUCAAAUAGUGAUGAAAUUCCAGAUGACAAGUAUGAAUGUGCUGAUUGCCACAAAUUGUUUAAAUUUAAAUCGUGGUACAAUAACCAUAUGACAACACACGCUAUUGUUGGGGUACAUCAGUGUCAAUAUUGCCCUAAGAAAUUCAAAAGAAGGGAUAAUCUUAAAAGGCAUUUCUUAGUCCACUUUGGUGGCACCAAUCAUGAUUGCAUCCAUUGUGGUCAGCGAUUUGAUUUAAAAUUUAAUUUGAAGAAGCACAUUAUUAUGAUGCAUGAAAA